AUGUCGACGUCUUCAACAAUUUCAACAAACACCCCACGUUACGGUGCUCCUCCGGUAAUCCCAAAACCCAUUCCUAUAACUAAAAACGGCGUCAUAAAAAUAAAAGAACUUAGACCAUGGAUUCGUGGCUUUGACUUGAAAUGUAUCAUAUUGCAACAUCUUUCAUCUCGUGCUUUGAAGUCUAUAGCAGAAGUUGAGAUUCAUAACUUUCUUGUCGCCGACGAUACAGCGGUGUGUACUCUUGUGAUUUGGGAAAAUGGUCAACAUUACAGAAGUGGUGACAUUGUUCAAAUCACUCAUGGUGAAACUAGAAUUCAUGAAGGUAUAUUCGAAUUAACUGUAAAUAAAAAUUUUGGAAAAAUAAAAGUUGUUGAUUGGGAUGUAAUGCCAUAUGUCGAAGAAGAAUAUCCCAACUUGAGUGGUUUAUUAUGGGUCCAGGAAGAUGAUAACCAAUUUGUGCCAAUGACUCAUAAUCGUGUACCUCUUGAUUUAGUAACUUUUAAACCGAUUGAACAAAACUCUCAACCUCAGAGAAAUACUAAUGACUCACUAAUACAAACGAAAACUCAAUUAACAAGUACUGAAAUUAAACAAGAGGAAGACGCUAAAAUAAAGUUAGAAGAAGAGGAGAUGAAUGGUGCUCCGAAUAAUGUCUCUGAAGUAAAACUAGAGCAACAGCAUGCACGUCCUCAACCAUGGCGUCAACCGAGCGAAUCUCGACAGCACCUAUCAUCUCAACCAUCUGAUCGUCCGCGCGGUGCCAAACGUAAACAAUCUUAUCAAAGACGUGAUAGCUGGUGGGAUAACCGCGAUCGUGAUCAAGACAGAGAUGGAAUGAGAGGUGAUCCGAGAAAUGAUCGUGGUGAUCGUGGUCGAAAUCAGGACAAUAGACAGUGGGAAUACAAUAGGCCACAUACUGAUCUUGAUCGGCCGGAAGAGGGUGAAUUGGUGGACAUUGAUUUUGCAUCCUUUUCUGCUG